AUGUCUGUCGCACAAGGUGGGAAUGGUGAUGCUAUCGCUGCCUCCGGUAUAGUCGCUGCUGGUGGUGGUGGUGGCUCUUUUGCUGCUGCUGUUGCGGCGACAGAUACUGCUAAUGGCAGUGAUGGGAGCAGUACUCGUAGCAGCAGCGAACAAGGGAGCAACAGCAGGAGCAGAAGCAGCACACUUGUGAAGCCUCUCACUGCUGCGGCACCCCUGCUAUCCCUCCUGACUGCCAUGGGGGCUCAGAUGUGGAAGGAGGGAGAGGAGGGGAGUGAGGGGACGGGGUGGACAGUCGGGGUGAAGGAGAGGGAAGCUGAAGGAGAAGAGGGGGCCAUUGCACUAGAGAGGAAAGAAAAGGGGGAGGUAGCAGCAGGGUUGGGAGGUUGGAGGUAUGGAAAAGGGGCUGUGUUGGCAGCUAUGGCGAUGCAGGCAGCACAGGAGGUGCUGCCACGUGUCAAGCAGGCAUUGGAGCAGAUGCGGGCGGGGAAUGGUGGGGAUGGAGAUGCGGUGUGGCUGCAGGCAUUGGUGCAGCAUGCGAGGGUGUGUGGCGGCUGGGUGUCCGCUGAUGGGGAGAACGCACCCAACAAGAUGGCCGUAUCGGCAUGCGAUGCAUCGCUGCACACCAAAUGGCUGAGCUGCACCACGAGGGAGGGAAAGUACCGGCUCAGUGACGCUGCUCCUGUUACAGUCACCAUGUACUCAAUCACAUCGGCAAAUGAUUGCCCAGAGAGGGACCCCUGGUCUUGGUCACUCUGA